CUUCCUUCUGCCGCUCCAGCGCCUGCUGCGUGGUUUAGUGGCGUUAGCUAGCCGGGCACACUUUCUCUUUAUUCACUCCAAUAUCUGACGAAGUUGGACUUAUAACUAGCAUCAUGUCAUACCACGACGAAGAAGAUUAUGAUCCGUACGCCUAUCCGAACGACUACGACCUGCACACCGGUGACCCCAAAGCAGACUUGGCCUUUGAGAGGCAGUACGAGCAGCAGACCUACCAUGUCAUCCCAGAGGUGAUCAAGAACUUCUUGCAGUAUUUCCACAAGACCAUCUCGGACCUGAUCGACCAGAAGGUUUAUGAGCUGCAGUCUAACCGAGUGUCCAGUGAGAGCAUUGAGCAGAAGAUCUAUGAGAUCCAGGAUGUUUAUGAGAACAGCUGGAACAAGCUGACUGACCGUUUCUUCAAGACUUCUCCCUGGCCAGAGGCUGAGGCCAUCGCUUCACUUGUUGGCAAUGAUGCUGUGUUCCUCAUCCUCUAUAAGGAACUCUAUUACAGACAUAUCUACGCUAAAGUCAGCGGUGGACCUACUUUGGAUCAGAGGUUUGAGUCAUACUACAAUUACUGCAACCUCUUCAACUACAUUCUCAAUGCUGAUGGCCCAGCCCCCUUGGAGCUGCCAAACCAGUGGCUCUGGGACAUCAUUGAUGAGUUCAUCUACCAGUUCCAGUCCUUCAGUCAGUACCGCUGCAAGACGGCCAAAAAAUCAGAGGAGGAAAUCGAGUUCCUGAGGAACAACCCAAAGAUCUGGAACGUUCACAGUGUCCUCAACGUUCUCCACUCUCUGGUGGACAAGAGCAAUAUUAACCGUCAGCUUGAGGUCUACACUAGUGGAGGAGACCCAGAGAGUGUGGCUGGAGAAUAUGGACGUCACUCCUUGUACAAGAUGUUGGGUUACUUCAGCUUGGUUGGUCUGCUGAGGCUUCACUCUCUGCUUGGUGAUUAUUACCAGGCCAUCAAAGUCCUGGAGAACAUUGAGCUCAACAAGAAGAGCAUGUACUCCCGUGUGCCAGAGUGCCAGAUCACCACCUAUUACUAUGUGGGUUUUGCCUACCUAAUGAUGAGACGUUACCAGGAUGCAAUUCGAGUCUUCGCCAACAUCCUGCUCUACAUCCAGAGGACGAGAAACAUGUUCCAGAGGUCGACAUAUAAAUAUGAGAUGAUUAACAAGCAAAACGAGCAGAUGCACGGCCUGCUGGCGAUCGCUCUCACCAUGUACCCGAUGCGCAUUGACGAGAGCAUCCAUACCCAGCUGAGGGAGAAGUAUGGAGACAAGAUGCUGCGUAUGCAAAAAGGAGAUCUGCAGGUGUUUGAGGAGCUGUUCAGCUUUGCCUGUCCCAAGUUCUUGUCACCCGUGGUGCCAAACUACGACAACGUUCACCCCAACUACCACAAAGAACCUUUCCAACAGCAGCUGAAGGUCUUUGCUGAGGAGGUGCAGCAGCAGGCCCAGCUGUCCACCAUUAGAAGCUUCUUGAAGCUCUACACUACCAUGCCAGUAGCCAAACUGGCAGGAUUCCUGGACAUGACCGAGCAGGAGUUCCGCAUUCAGCUGCUCGUCUUCAAACACAAGAUGAAGAACCUGGUGUGGACCAGCGGCAUCUCAGCUCUGGACGGAGAGUUCCAGUCUGCUUCUGAGGUCGACUUUUACAUUGACAAGGACAUGAUCCACAUUGCCGACACUAAAGUUGCUCGUCGAUAUGGAGACUUUUUCAUCAGACAGAUCCACAAAUUUGAGGAGUUGAACAGGACACUGAAGAAGAUGCCAGCUACCGGUACCACUGCAACAUCAGGAAGUGCUACAAGCCGAGGAGUCUGAAAAGCAGCAGUGAAGAAGAUCUCAGGGACGGAGGCGUCUGCUGCUUCAGUCUUCAAGUUUUUUUGACAGCUAUUAUUGAUGACUUUUCUAUGUAACCUAGUAACAAUUAAAGGAUGGAGUGGUGUGUUCAAAGGAA